UAGCACAGCAUUACGGACAGUCCGUGGAGGAAGACUACGCUGAAUACGCUGAAGGCUUUGGACACAGAAGCGUGAGAUCUGAACGAGCUGUUGCCCCGCAGCGGGCAGAUCUGAUCAAUCGGGGCAAGAUGUGGGUUUGGUACUUUCUGCUCGGUUCGGGAACGCGCACGGGCUCGGUCGAUUGUCAGCUUCUACCUGGAAAUAACUUUACAACAGAGUGCAACAUUCCAGGAAAUUUUAUGUGCAGCGAUGGUGAAUGUAUUCCUGGAGGUUGGCAGUGUAACGGCUUUCCAGACUGCUUCGACAAGAGUGACGAGAAGGGAUGCCUGAAGGUGAAGGCAAAAUGUGCACCCACAUUCUUUGCUUGUGCAAACGGGGUCCACUGCAUUAUUGGCCGCUUCCAGUGUAAUGGUUUCAGAGACUGCCCGGAUGGCAGCGAUGAAGACAACUGCACUUCUAAUCCUCUGGUGUGUUCAUCUGCACGGUUCCACUGUGACAAUGGACGGUGUGUAGAUCGCAGUUUUCUAUGCAAUGGACAGGAUAACUGUCAAGAUAACAGUGAUGAAGAAAACUGCCUUACAACAGCAGAAUCCCCUGGACAGGACUUUGUGACACUGGACUAUCGACUACGCUAUUACCCAAGUAUCACAUAUGCAGUUAUUGGCAGUGCCAUCAUCUUUGUCCUGGUAGUGGCAUUGCUGGCCCUUGUCCUGCACCAUCAGAGAAAGCGAAGUGUCUUGCUGUCACAGGGGGUCUACAGAGGUUCCUGCCACCAACCACUCCUGCUCUCCCGGCUUGUCAUACUGGACAGAGGACAUGCCCAUCCUGGAAGCCAUGACCUUUCACCACAGUGUUCAUCCUCAACAGAGGCAUUCAGCUCAGUCCAUAGUCUCCAGUUGCUCUCUCUUUCACAAUAUCCAAGAACUGCGAUAGACUUGCCACCAUCAUACUCACAGGCUGUACUGGAUGCUGGCCGACCCGCAUGGUUUGAUCUCCCACCUCCUCCUUACCCUCCAGAGACUACUACAGUUCAGUCUGAGAGAGAACCACCUGUAUAUGAGGACCCAGCUGAAAUUACAGAAUCAGCCAGAGCUGUAUUAUCUCAAAUCAGGACCAACAACACCAACACUGACACCAGUUGUGCAGAGUAAAGAGUCUUGGCAGCCACCACUGUGAAUUCAGAAGAUUUGGACUGUAUGUACAUUGAUGAAGUAGAUGUUUGCAGAUUCACCAAGUAUGUGUAGGAGCAUGUUAGUGCCAUCAUCGGGUGGCCAAAUAACUGUAUUACUUUUAUCAUAAUCAAUGCCAUUAGCAGCCAAAAAAGCACUAUACAGAUGGUGCUAAUCCAGAAUUAGCUUUUUACUAUUGUUGCAAAUGUACAAUUGAUACUAUUGACUGCAGUAAUGCUAUGAGCAUAGACUUUACCUACACAGUAAAAUCCUGA